UGUAGGCAAGCCAAGCUGAGGCAAUCAGUUUUCCUUAUCUAUCCGUCUCGUUUUAUCUUCUAAAUUUAACUCCAUUGAAAACGUUUCUUUCUUCUCUGCUUAAAAAAAUCUCCAAAAUUCUCAGAUGUUAUUACAAAGAGACAUUUCCCUGCCAUUUUUUGCAUUAACACCAAAACCGCACCUUAAAAACCAUGUUUUUUGCGCCAAAAAAGCAAUCCCAUUUCCAGGACGUCCACUAAAAAAUGAUUUCGUCUCCUGCAAUCUUAAGAUGGUCAAUGGGGCGAGGGUUCAUGGUUCCGUAAAGGAUGCUACUGGUUUGGAAGAUGAUGAUUUAGUGGUGGAGACCUGCAUCACUCGCACUUUGCCACCUGCUUUGACCCUUGAGCAUGGUCUCCAGAGUAUUAAACAGGCUGUAGAAGAGUUGAAGUUUAAUCCUCCUUGUGCUUCUAGUGGAGUUUUGAGAUUUCAGGUUGCUGUGCCCCCAAGUGCAAAAGCUUUAAAUUGGUUUUGCUCUCAACCAGAAUCUUCGGCUGUUUUUCCUAUGUUUUUUCUUUCUAAGGAGACAAUCAGCCCAACAUGUAAGUCAUUAUACUUGAACAAAGUUCGUGGUGUUUUUGGAAUUGGAGCUGCUAUUUCCUUUACAAACUCUAUUUGUAUCCCUGGAGGGCUAAGUUCAACCAAGAGAUUUCUCUCAAAUGAUUCAGUCCUUAUGUCAACUUAUGGUUUUCUGGAUAUUAAUUUCAACACAGACUUGUCUUCUGUGAAGCAUAAGGCUGGUUCUUUCUACUUUUUCAUUCCUCUGAUUGAGUUAGAUGAGCACGAGGAUAUCUCUAUUUUAGCAGCCACAUUGGUUUGGAGUGACUCUUGCUUGUGUACAUUUGAGCAGGCCAUUCAUUCGUAUGAAGCAGCCCUUUACCAGGCAACUUCUCAUUUUUGGCCCACUACAGAGAGAUGCCACUCUGAACGUGUAAGAACUGCCAUUAGAAAACUUAAUGUGGUUGAGGAUAAUACAGUGCAAAUGGCAUACACGAAUGGUAUCCUGUUGGGCAGAAGGGAUUUUGAAGCUCACACCAUGGAACUGAGAGACGCACGUUUUUUCAAGCAGUUCUGUUUCAAGUUUUCACCAACGAUUGGUGUUGCCUGCAACAUGUUGGAUCAUGCCAGUGAAAUGGCCUAUACCAUUCAAGAUCGUGCUAAUAUCAAUGCUGUUUGGGCUUCACUUAUAGUUGAAGAAUGUUUUCGCCUUGGUUUGACCUAUUUUUGUGUAGCUCCAGGAUCCAGGUCAUCCCCCCUUGCUCUUGCUGCUUCUGCUCAUCUCUUUGUGACCUGUAUUUCUUGCUUUGAUGAGAGAUCACUCGCAUUUCAUGCUAUUGGGUAUGCAAGAGGAUCUCAAAAAGCGGCAGUCAUCAUAACUACAUCAGGGACUGCAGUUUCAAACCUUUUUCCUGCUGUGGUUGAAGCCAGUGAAGACUUUGUACCCCUUCUGGUACUCUCAGCAGAUCGUCCGCCGGAGCUUCAGGAUUGUGGAGCAAACCAAUCAAUCAAUCAGGUAAAUCAUUUUGGUUCUUUCGUAAGGUUCUUCUUCAGUCUUCCUCCUCCUACUGAUCAAAUCCCUGCACGGAUGGUGCUUACCACGCUGGACUCUGCUGUUCACUGGGCAACAUCUUCACCAAUUGGUCCUGUUCAUAUUAACUGUCCUUUUAGGGAACCAUUAGAUGAUUGUCCACAAAAUUGGAAAUCAAGUUGUUUGGAAGGAUUAGAUACUUGGAGGUCUAAUACUGAACCAUUUACUAAGUAUAUUAUAGUGCAGCAUUCUUAUUUAUGUAAUACUGCUACACGCGGUCAAAUGGAAGAGGUUCUAGAAAAAAUUCGAAGGGUUAACAAAGGGAUCCUAGUCGUUGGUGCCAUCUCUGCAGAGGAUGAGGUAUGGGCAGUUCUUCUCAUGGCAAAAUACCUUCAAUGGCCUGUUGUGGCUGACAUAUUAUCUGGGAUAAGGUUGAGAGAGCUCUUGUCUUCCUCUCCUGAAGUUGAAGAGAGUAUCCUUUUCGUUGACUAUCUUGACCAUGCAUUGCUCUCAGAUUCGGUUAGGGAUUUGGUCCAGUUUGAUGUAAUUGUUCAGAUUGGGAGUCGGAUUACAAGCAAUCGAAUCUCUCAGAUGCUGGAGAAAUGUUUCCCAUGCUCAUAUAUCUUGGUUGACAAUCAUCCGCACCGUCAUGAUCCUUCACAUUUUGUAACACAUAGAAUCCAAAGCUCUGCCAUUGAAUUUGCUAAUAUUUUAAUGAAAGCCCAAAUUCCAAAUAGAAGCAGAAAAUGGCAUUAUUAUCUACAAGCAUUAAAUAUGAUGGUUGGACAGGAGAUAUCAUUUCAUCUUUCUGUUGAACACUCUUUGUCAGAACCUUAUAUUGCACAUAUAAUCUCAGAAGCACUUUCUGCUGAGUCGGCUCUUUUUAUUGGAAACAGCAUGGUAAUACGUGAUGCAGACAUGUAUGGAUGCAAUUGGACAAGUGAUAAUCACAGUGUCGCAGAUAUGAUGUUAAAGACAGAAUUACCAUGUACUGGGAUAUUAGUUGCUGGAAAUAGGGGUGCUAGUGGAAUUGACGGUUUGCUUAGCACUGCUAUUGGUUUUGCUGUAGGAUGCAAUAAGCGAGUGCUGUGUGUGGUUGGAGAUAUUUCAUUCCUUCAUGAUACAAAUGGCUUGGCAAUUCUGAAGCAGAGGAUGUUGCGAAAACCAAUGACAAUACUUGUGAUCAAUAAUCGUGGUGGUGCAAUAUUCAGCCUCCUCCCAGUUGCAGAUAGAACUGAUCCAAGAGUGUUGAAUCAGUAUUUCUAUACUUCCCAUAACAUUUCAGUCCACGGGCUAUGUGAGGCACACGGGGUGAAGCAUUUGGAAGUAAAAACGAAAAUGGAAUUACAUGACGCUUUAAUCUCAUCUCAGAAAGGAGACACAGACUGUGUCAUUGAAGUUGAGAGCUCCAUUGAUUCUAAUGCCACUUUCCACAGUUAUAUAAGAAAAUUUGCUUGCCGAGCAGCUGAGCAUGCUUUGGGUGUCAUUUCAAAACUCUCUCCCCCAGAAUCUAUGUCACAAGGGUGUCACUGCAAAAUCCAAUCAAUUAGUUAUUCAGUCUAUAGGAUUCAGCUUUGUGCUCCACCUACUUCAAGCGCGCUCUAUCAUGACCGUAGUAUAUUUUAUAGAGAAGGCUUUAUUUUGUCUUUGACUCUUGAAGAUGGAAGUAUAGGGUAUGGAGAGGUUGCGCCUCUUGAAAUUUCCCAAGAAAAUCUGCUGGAUGUAGAAGAGCAACUUCGUUUUCUUUUUCAUGUAAUGAAAGGAGUUACCAUUAAUUAUUUUCUACCAAUGCUCAAGAGUUCAUUUUCAUCUUGGAUAUGGAAGACUUUAGGCAUUCCGGUAUGUUCGCUCUUUCCAAGUGUCAGAUGUGGUCUGGAGAUGGCCAUUCUCAAUGCUAUAGCAAUGAGCCAUGGUUCAAGUUUAUUGAACAUACUUUAUCCUUUGAGGGAAAGAACUGAAGAAAAAUCUGAAAAUUUGGCUAGCAUACGGAUAUGUGCUCUUAUUGAUAGUAGUGGUACUCCAGAAGAGGUUGCUCGUAUUGCUGUUGAUCUUGUUGAAGAAGGAUUUACUGCAAUUAAGAUAAAGGUCGCACGUAGGGCAGAUCCAGUCGAAGAUGCUGCUGUAAUACAGGAAGUAAGAAAGAAGGUCGGUUGCCACAUUGAUCUUCGUGUUGACGCCAACCGUAACUGGACUUAUGAGCAAGCUAUUAAAUUUGGCUUCUUGGUCAAGGAUUAUAACCUGCAAUAUAUUGAGGAGCCUGUUCAACAUGAAUCUGAUAUUAUAAGGUACUGUGAAGAAAGUGGCUUGCCUGUGGCCUUGGAUGAAACUAUUGAUAAUUGCCCUGAAAAUCCUCUGAAUGUGCUUGUCAAGUAUAACCACCAUCAGAUAGUUGCUUUGGUCAUUAAACCAACUGUAAUUGGUGGAUUUGAAAAGGCUGCAAUGAUUGCACAAUGGGCACAUAUACAAGGAAAGAUGGCCAUAAUUAGUGCUGCAUUUGAAAGUGGCCUAGCUUUGUCAGCAUAUAUUCUGUUUUCCUGUUAUCUAGAUUUGCAGAAUGCUGAUACAUGCAAAUUGAUGAAUAAUAGCCCAGCUUCUUCUGUCGCUCAUGGUCUUGGGACAUAUCGCUGGCUUGAAGAAGAUAUAACAACUGAUCCGCUUGGCAUUGGUCGUAAUCCAAGUACUGGCUUUAUUGAAGCAUCUGUUGCUGAUGCCACCCAUCUCUUGCAUAAAUUUCAAAUGAACCACAAUUUUAUUCAUAGAACCUUUACUGGUGAAAAGGUCCUAGGAUAUCACCUGGAUCUGGAUUCAAAUGAUUUCUCUUUCUCCGUCAACGUACAAGAGAUUGGUCAAAGAAAUAAUGUGAGGAACUCGGGUAGCACAAUUCUAUUUCUUCAUGGUUUUCUUGGGACUAAUGAAGAGUGGGUACCUAUCAUGCAUGCCAUCUCAGGAUCUGCAAGAUGCAUUUCAGUUGACCUGCCUGGUCAUGGGGCAACAAAGAUAAAGAAUUGCGGUGAUGACAAAGCUGCGCUGCGAUCUCUGUUAUCAAUCGAGAUUAUUGCAGAUUUGCUGUUGAAAUUAAUUGAACAUGUCACUCCUGAUAAAGUUACUCUCGUUGGAUAUUCUAUGGGAGCAAGGAUCGCAUUGUACAUGGCGCUGAAAUUCAGUGAUAAGAUUGAAGGGGCUGUUAUAUUAUCGGGAAGUCCUGGAUUAGAAGAUGCAGUGGCAAGAAAAAUUCGUAGGGUCAAAGAUGACUCUAAAGCUCGUUCUAUCGUUACACAUGGUUUACAGCUCUUCCUAAACACCUGGUAUUCUGGAGGCUUGUGGAAGAGCUUGAGGAGCCAUCCCUAUUUUAAUCAUAUUGUUGUUAGACGGUCGGUGCACGAUGACUUGCAAGGUCUCGCGAGAGUCUUGUCUGGUUUAAGCCCUGGAAGACAGCCAUCAUUAUGGGAAGACUUGAAGCAUUGCAAAGUGCCUCUUAUGCUUGUAGUUGGAGAGAAUGAUGAGAAAUUCAAAAGGGUGGCUCAGAAAAUGUGGCAUGAAAUCGGGCAUGAUAGAGAUGAUGCAGUGAGCAAGCUCCAUCAGAUGGUUGUGGUGCCCAGCUGCGGGCAUGCUGUUCAUUUAGAGAACCCUCUUCCCAUCAUCCGAUUAGUGAGACAAUUUGUGACCGGUUUAAGAAGUGUUAAGUUACAAGAAAAAGGGAAUGUUAGAGAUCUGUUGAUUUAUAAUCAAUGACAAACAUACCAUCUCCAGAAUCUCCCAAAUGAUUCAUCUGUAAUACUUGUAUUAAAAGAUUGUAGACAUUCACAAUAUGUAAGUUGUUAAUGUAUUUAAUUAAGUUGAAUAGGACAAAAGUCAAAUCCUCAUUUUAGAUAGAAA